UGCGGUCUCCCAAGACUGUAGUGUUCAGAGUUGCCUUGGAACCUGCUAGGAUCUUGCUAUGUGGUGCAGUCUGGCCCUGAGCUCACUGUGUGGUCCUGGCUGACUCAAAUUCGGAACGAUCCUCCUGCCUCAGACUCCCCAGUGCUGGGAUUAUAGUGGAGAAGUUGACCAGUAAGGAGCAGUAAAGUUAUGUUGGUCUAAUAUCAGAGUUAUCGGGAGGUGAGAGUGAGAACCUAAAACAAAGAAGAACACAAAUCAUGUCCCGAGGACUUCCAAAGCAGAAACCUAUAGAAGGUGUUAAACAAGUUAUAGUUGUGGCUUCUGGAAAGGGUGGAGUUGGAAAGUCUACUACAGCAGUAAACCUUGCACUUGCCCUGGCAGCAAAUGAUUCGUCAAAGGCCAUUGGUCUGUUAGAUGCCGAUGUGUAUGGUCCAUCAGUUCCAAAGAUGAUGAAUCUGAAAGGAAACCCAGAAUUAUCACAAAAUAACCGGAUGAGGCCUCUUUUGAAUUAUGGUAUUGCUUGUAUGUCUAUGGGAUUCCUGGUUGAAGAGACUGCACCAGUGGUUUGGAGAGGCCUUAUGGUAAUGUCUGCCAUUGAGAAACUGUUGAGGCAGGUAGACUGGGGACAACUGGACUAUUUAGUUGUUGACAUGCCACCAGGAACAGGAGAUGUGCAGUUAUCAGUUUCACAGACUAUUCCUAUUUCAGGUGCUGUGAUUGUCUCCACGCCCCAGGACAUUGCACUGAUGGAUGCACAGAAGGGUGCUGAAAUGUUUCGCAAAGUCCAUGUACCUGUUCUUGGCCUUAUCCAGAAUAUGAGUGUUUUCCAAUGUCCAAAAUGUAAACACAAAACUCAUAUUUUCGGUGCUGAUGGUGCAAAGAGGCUAGCACAGACCCUUGAUCUUGAUGUUCUGGGAGACAUUCCAUUACAUCUCAGUAUAAGGGAAGCUUCAGAUACAGGCCACCCAGUUGUGUUUUCACAGCCUGAAAGUCAUGAGGCCCAAGCUUACCUGAGGAUUGCCAUAGAAGUGGUCAGAAGAUUGCCACCGCCUCCAGAAUGAUUCCCAAGUCCCCUGGAGAUUAACCUGGUACUUGAUAAUGAGAGGACCUUCAGAAAUGAGCAGUAUGAUGGAGGAACCUGAAGAAAUAAUAACAAUCAUGAUUUUUUUCUUUCAUCUCUAAGGAAAUAAUGUCUCAUUUUCAGAUUUGAUAUGCUAUGCUGUGACUUAGAAAUAAAAUUUUCAUGUAUAAAUGCUAACUGCUGUAUUUAGGAAUUUUUUGAAAGCUGAUAUGUUAACAGCCGCACUUAGUUGUAUUUUAUUUUAUUGAAGUACCUCUUGAGGAAUCAUGAUUUUGUGAUGUUACUAUCCCACUUUGUAAGACAAUUGUAUUCUUUGGGGGGACCACAGAGUUGGUCAUUUAAAGAAUUUACUGACUUUGUGUAUGGACAUUUAUGUGACAACUCCCUAUCAGGCAAUUUGUUCUGAAUUUGAGUCCUGUCUCUAAUACUAUCCUGGAUAAUAUGGUCUUAAUAAAGAACUUCUUCUUGGGGCCGGGGAUUUAGCUCAGUGGUUCCGCCACCUGCCUUGCAAGCGCAAGGUCCCGAGUUGAAUCCCCAGUACCCCCCCAAAAAAAUUCUUCAUUUAUACCAGAUUCUACUCAGAUUUAUUGUCUGAAUUUCCAGGGGUGGAGCUUGGACAUGUGUAUUUAACAAGAUCAUGAUGAUUUUGAUGAUGCUUUGGAUUAUGAUGGCAGUAAUAAUAAAUAAUAACAUUUAUCAACUGCUUUAUAUGUGUCUUUAUAAUCUUCUGAUCACACAAGUUAGGUACUAUUACUGUAUUCAUUUUUGUAGGUGAGGAAAUGGAAGUAUAAAGUCUCUGGCAUACCAAGUGAGAAAGCUGGGAUGUGAACUUGGAAAGUUAGAUAUUGGAUUCUUCCCUAACAUUAAUUUGCAUUUGUUAAUUUGAAAAGAGGGAUUAAAAUUCACUGUAGUCAUAAAAUUCACCUCGUCUUAGGAGAAUUUCAUAGAGUUCAUAUUUUAAAGAACAGACUUUGAAAAACAUGUGUCUUGUCUCAAGGAAACUUAGAGUUAAGGACUUUGCAAGGUCAGGCAAUAGUUAUAAAAGCUGCAAGUAGUGAUAAGAGUGAGUUAUUAGUUAAUUCUCAGUUAUAAGGAAGUAAUCUAUGACCUUUGGCAAAUCUUUUGAUGUCCUGUGCUCUGUAGUUAUCAGGCAGAAAGUUACACAAAGAGUUGCACAUCAUUAUAUUUUCACAUAAAAACCCUUACAGGGAUUUUUGCAGCAGUUUUACAUGUAAUAGCCAAAAACAACCCAAAUUUUCUUUCAUUUGUGAACAGUUAAACAAAUGGUGAUACAUCUUGUUAUGGUUUAGAUCUGAAAUGUCCUGUAGAAGUGUCAGGGGUGUUCAGGGGUGGAGCUUUUGGAAGGUGAUCAGAAAAUGAGGCAUUGUACUCAUCAGUUGAUCGAUCGAUCGAUUCAUUGAUGUGUGCUGUUAGAAGGUGUAGCGUGGUUGGAGGUGGAUCACUGGGAGCAUGACCUGAAAGGGUACAUUCUUGUUCCCAGCCCCGCCCCCUUCUCUCGGCUUAUCAGCUGUCAUUGGAGUGAACAUUUGUCCUCUACUUUUACCUUUUACCUUCCACAAUCCUGUUUCUGCCUUGGAGCCAGCCAACCAUGGACUGAUCGCACUGGAACUGAGGCAAAUAAUCUUCUCUUCCUUUAAAUUGUGAGUGUCAUUUCCUUUGUCCCAGUGAUGAAAAGGUAACUAAUAUAUACCAAUACCAUGAAAUACUUCUCCACAAUUAAGAAUACAAAUCAUGGACACAUGCAACAAUUUAAAUGGAUUCCAGAGAAUGUCUCUGAAUGAAAAGGCUAAUCCCAAAGGAUUAUGUACAAUGGAAAUCGAUAUGGAGAUACCUCAGAGAGCUGGGACUAGAGGUUCCCUUUGACCCAGCCAUC